AUGUUGAAAGACGAGAUGCGUAAAAGUAAAGAAAAAGAUGUAUCUAAUGAUCGUGAACGUUUAUUUGAUUCAUUGAAGAAUACUAAUGAAGAGAGUAGUAACAAAAAUAACGAAGAAAAAGUUAUUGAUGAAAUAAUAAAAAACAAAGAAUUAGCAGAAGAUGAUGAAUCUGAUUCAUUAGAAGAAGUUGAAGAAAAAAGAAAAGAAAAUCCAAAUAAACAAAAUAAUGAUUUAAAUGGAUCAACUGUUGAAAUUGUCCAACCAAUUAAUUCAAAACCAAAAAAUCUUGGUUUAACUAGAACAUUGUUAUUAGCUAUGUUUGCUGCAAUGAUUGGUACAGGUGCUCAAUUUGGUUAUUCACUUGGUGUUAUGAAUGCUCCAUCACAAUUAAUUAAAAAUUAUAUAAGUGAAAUUUAUAUAAAACGUUAUAAUUCAACAAUAGGUGCAUAUGAACAAGACAUUUUAUAUUCAACAGCUAUAUCAGUUGUUGCACUUGGAGGAGUUUUUGGUGGUCUUCUAGCUACACCAUUGAGCGAUCGAUUUGGUCGAAAAACUGGUUUACUUCUAAAUAAUAUUCCAGCUAUAAUUGGUUCAAUUUUAAUGGUAAUUAGUAAAUUUAUAGCUUCAUUUGAAGCAUUUAUAAUUGGACGAAUUUUAAUUGGAUUUACUGCAGGUUUCGGAGCAACAGUUGGACCUAUUUAUAUAAAUGAAAUAGCUCCAUUACGUGUGCGUGGUUCAUUUGGUGCCUGUUUUCAAUUAUUUGUUGCUGGUGCUGUAUUAUUAGCUCAAGUACUUGGAUUAGAUAUUAUCUUAGGUCGUCAACAUUUAUGGAAUUAUCUUUUUGCUAUACCAAUUAUCUUCAGUAUACUUCAAUGUACUUUAUUGAUAUUUACACAUGAAACACCAAAAUUUCUUUUACAGCAAAAACGUCGACGAGCAGCUGCACGAGCACUAAGAUGGUUUCGUCAAGAAAAAAAUAUUGAAGAUGUUGAAGCAGAAAUUCAUGAAAUGGAAGAAGAUUUUCAUAAUAUUCAAACAAAUGCAAUACAAAUUUCAGUUCGUGACUUAUGGUCCAAACCUCUUCUUCGUAAAUGUUUUCUUAUAUUAGCAAUGACACAUUUUGCUCAACAUUUUACUGGAAGUUUUGUUAUCUUUUUCUUUGGUGAUAUUAUUCUUGCUCGUGCACAUUUAAAAAUGGAAUAUGCAUCAUAUGCAAUGCUUUCAUGUGGUAUUACAUAUUUAGCUGUAGCUAUAUCAUUAGUUUUUAUUCUUGAUAAAGUUGGACGUCGAUCACUUUAUCUUUAUGGUUUAAUUGGAAUGGCAGCAGCAACAUGUGUUAUUGGUAUUACGAUUAUUAAAUCAAAAGAUAUACCUUUGUAUCAUAUGAUCUUUUUGGAAAUAUUUGCUAUGAUGACACAUGUUGGCUUUUGUGCUAUGGGCCCCGGUGCUAUACCGUGGAUGUUAUCAACAGAAAUGUUUUUUCAAUCCGAGCGUGCUUAUGCAUCAGCUAUUGCUAUUAUAGUUAAUUGGUUGUCAAUGUUUUGUAUAAUCAUGACAUUUGUUCCACUUUUUCAUGCUGUGGGUGCAUUUUUAUUUCUUGCUUUUGCUACAAUGAGUUGUGGUUUUUGGUUAUUAGUUUUUCUAUUCGUACCUGAAACACGACGAAAAACACCUGAGUGUGUACAAGUUCUUGUUGCAAAAGGAACCGUUUACAAAGCAAAACAUCAAAAAUAA